CACAAACAUCGUGCAGUACGAAACACGGAUUCGCAACCGUACGAGUACCGUACCGCAGGGCAAGCAAUCGAACCGCUUCCAACAGAAAAAGGUACCUUGUGCGGAGGUGCCCAUACCCACGUGUGUUUCUUUCAGAGCCAUCUUGAUUGCCUUAUCAGCAACGAACUAGAUACAGCACACCAUGGCGGAAUCGGGGAUCGAAGAGAACGCGGCCGAGCGGAAAUUUGGAGCCCACUUUGACGACAUCCACAUCUUGUCGAAUGGUACGGAACGAUAGAAGACGGCAGGCUUUUAAUAGUUGGAUUGGAUACCAUUCAAUACGAUUCGAUUUUGGCCAGUGAAUGCGAUGUACGGAUGCGACUGCAACAAUGAAACCUUUUUGCGGAUGACGAUUGAUCCACCAGUUUCCUGUUUCUGUUUCUGUUUCUGUUCAAACAGCAACAAUUCUAACCCCUUUUUCUUUUCCGUCAUUUCACCGAUUCCUUUUGACUCGACUCGACUCGACGCGACUUGAUUGACGUGCUCGACUUCACUCCGCUCGACACAGCACAAGUGGCGGUGAUCCUCCAGGUCAGUGCGGGGCAAGCCGUAACCAAAGACGAGGAACUCAACGAGGUSUACCGAAAGACGCAAAAGUACGUCGAGCGAUUCAACCAAAUGUCCAACAAGGAAAAGGAUCACCAGGGUAAGCAUUUUGUUGAAACAUGGCCUGCGCAGCGCCUUGCGGUAGUUGUCUCUGCAAAAGCAACUCUGUCCAUUUUUGAAGAGUUCGCUCCCUCAACCCCCUUGUUUCCGCCUUUCUGCCUGCGAAUGACAUCGUCCGCGCCGCCCGCCGCCCCCAGAACUGGUGGAGGAGCUGGACAACCUGCAGGACGCCCUGACGACCUUUCGGAAGGAGACCGACGACGGGGACGAGCUGGAGCUCCACGGCUUUGAGGUAGCAGCGCUCAUGAACCUGGUCAUUGCGGACACGACUGUAGAAGAAGCCUAUGCCCUCAUACCCUCCCUCUCCCGCCUGCCGGAGGCCGCCAUCGACGAAAUCCUGGACCUCAUCAAGAGCACGAUGCUGAGGAUCAUCUCGUAGUGGCCUAGCCGCGCGUUGCGCCUCCGUGCGGGAUGCCUCCGCCUUGUACAAUCACCGGGCGUGGCCGAUCRCGUGCACAUMCAGCCACCGAACKCAGGGAACGUKUGUUUGACACGGACAUACCGUAGCAUACAGGAUUCGCAAUUUGGUUUUAUUUGCUUUGGGUAAGACAGGGAAAGCUCACACAGGGGUUGAUGGCUUUCGYAGAUGAAAAUACACCGAGCAAUUCUGGUUUUUUGCACUGGGUUUUCGUCAAAAACAGUCGGAAAGCGAGCAAACAGUAGAAUGCUAGUUGCCUUAAUAAUUAUCUAGCUAGUGC